CUGCCCCGCCCGGUGUCCUUAGCAACCCAACCUGGCAACUUAAAGAGACAAAGGCACAGAACACAGGCUGGACUGGAGCGUCCUUGCAAAAUGGAACCAGGGUGGCCCUUGCAUCUCACAUUGCUCCUCAGCAUCUGUACUAUAGAUCCAGCCAUCGGAGACGUAGUGAUUGAGGGCAUCCCAGACACUGUGGUGCUGGAAGACAGCUUGACACCAGGCACAACUGUGGCCAACUUCACCGGCAACUGUACAGACUCCAGCGAUCCACCCACAGUAAAUCUGAAGACCACAAGCCCCACCACAUCUUUUUUCAAUCAGCCAAAUUUUGUAUCCCCUGAUACCUAUGAGGUGAGCCUUAGUCCCAGUGCUGCCCUGGAUGCUAGACGGGUGAAUCAGUAUGUUUUGACAUUCAGUGCAAGUUGCCCAAGUGGCAUGUCAGUUGAAGUUAAGCUCUUCAUUCGAGUCAUUGCAGCAGACAGAUUGGAGUGUGGCAGCGGACCUGAAUACAUAGGAGAGAACCCAGUAGGUGUUUCAGAGGAUGUUGGCCCUGGAGAGUUCAUCUACCAAAUUGUACUGAAGAGGGAAGGCACAGGCAACUUGACUUUCGCCAUAGAGAAUGCCUCUCUGCCUUUCAUCAUGACUGGAGAUGGAAGAGUACUGGCACCUGCCAUGGGUUUCAGUCGUGAGCAAGCUGGCAAGACGUUCUCAAUGGUCAUUGUGGUAACGGACAGUGGUGGGAGAAGCUGCCGCAGGCCUCUGGCAGUGAAGGUGCUGCCUGUUUACCACAAGCAAGUCAAUUUCACGGAGUCAUCAUUAGCAAUAUCGGUAUCAGAAAACUCAAUUCCCCUCCAGCCUAUUGUAAAAGUCAAUGCCAGUGGGGAAAAUGUGCUUUACCGGAUCAUCUCCUCUCUGCCCACAAGUCAUUUCACCAUUGAACCAGACACAGGCAUAAUCAGGAACACAUAUGAGCUAAAUCUGAGACGCUAUCCAGAAUUAACUGAAACCCUGCUCGUGGUGGAAGCCUACAACAUGCUGCAUCCCACAGAUAAAGCCACCAUCACCGUCAACAUUACAGUAAAGCAGCAGAACCUGCAAGGACCUCUGUGCACCCCUGCUGUAAUUGUGACUGAGAUACCAGAGACGACCUCCAUUGGGACGACACUGUGGACUCUGUCUUGUAAUGAUGUAGAGAGUGGAAGCGGUAGGCUUCACUAUGAAAUAAUGGAGGGCAGCCAGAGCCCUCCCUAUAGCUUCCAAAUGAGGCACUCAGCACUACAGGUGAACACCACUUUGGACUAUGACUCCGAAGCUAUGGCCAGCCUUAACUUCCUGUACCAAGCCACCAUUCUAGUGACUGAUGAUGGAAGUCCUCCACAAAACACCACAGUGCGUGUGUUGGUGACAGUAAGCCGAGUGAAUGAAUAUGAACCAGAGUGCUCAAGGCGAUUCUUUAGCGUCCCAGAGAAUGUAGGCUUUGGAUACUUCAUUGGCAGCAUCAAUGGCACUGACCGAGACUGGCCUUUCCACAACAUCAUAUACAGCAUCCUGGGUUCAGAGGACUCUGUUUUCUACAUUGGCCGUCGCUCAGGUGAGCUCUAUGUGUUGGGGCCACUGGAUUAUGAAAAGCAGAAAUCAUAUCAUUUGGUCAUCCACCUAAGGGACCUUGAUAAUGACGUAAAGCCUGAAUCGUCGAAGACGAGUCUGUGUAACAUCACCAUUAAUGUACAGGAUAUAAAUGAUGAGCCCCCUGUGUGUGAUCCACCCUUUUAUCAAAGUUUCAUACUUUCCACAAGUACUACGUGUGUCACUAAUCUGCAAUGCAUGGAAAAGAAUGAACGAAGUGAACUCGCCUACAGGAUUGUUGGAGGCAACACAAAUGGGCGCUUUCGCAUGAAUGGAAAUUGUAUGCUCCAUAAUACCUUCUCCUACAACCGUCCUGGCAUUUUUGACCCCCUCACUUUUGAGCUGCUGGUGGAAGUGACAGAUGGUGGGAGCACACCUCGCUUCAGCACCACUGCCACCGUUCUCGUUUACGUGACUCCCUGGACCACGACAGUGCCUACUAGCACCACCACCACCACGACGGUGCCCACGGAGCCCAUCACUUUGCAUAGAACUCUGAGGUACUGGGCACCAGAUCCCUGGUUCGUGGUGGUUCUUACGCUCACUGGAGCGCUCCUCCUUUCUGCCUUGGGUUUAUUGUUCUGGCGGCUCUGCUGGAGGAAAGCACCAGGAGAGACAUCUCAGCCCCUACUGCAGAACAAGGGCAAAGGAGUGGAAAGAAAUUACGUCACAACGGAAGAGCCAAGCAAGGAGAAAGGGAAAGAUUCCACUGAGGCACUGAGUCUGGAACUCCAAUUUGAUGGUCGUGCCCAGGACCCUGUCACUGGCCAAUAUUACCUGUUUGACAGCAGCACUGGAGCACGGCGCUGGGUGUGAGCAUGCCCUGUUCCAUCUUAAGGACUGAGGCACAGGUGUACACAGACAAAAAGGAGAAACAGGAUUUUCUGCACAGCACCAAUACUAUUAUUUACAUAUACAUAUAAAAAAUUGUUACCUGCUGUUUAUGUUGGGCUGGCAACUAGCCUUUCCUAUCACGUGCCCCUAAUUGUUUACAUUGACUUGUGCAUGUUCCUGGGGAAUCGGAGAAGCCUCUAAGAGCCUCUCCACUGGCAAGCUGUUUUCCUCUGGGCUAGUCUUCCUCUGAUAAACUUCAAGAUCUGACAACUUGGGUUGCCACCUUUGUUUCUUACCCUGCUCUAGA